AUGAACUGGCCGUUCCUCCUCAACUCGAUCGCAUUAGCAUCCGCGGCCACCCUGUUGGGGGCCAACAAGAAGAUUGGGGAUGAAGCGAACGAUGAGAUGUUUCAGAAUUUUGCCCACCAAGCCAUAAGGGAAUAUAAUCAGCAGUCGAACGAUUUGUUUAAGUGGGACUUUGUCCGAAUCGACGACUCUCAUAAGCAGCUCGUCAACGGCGAGCGCUACACCCUGAACUUGGUGCUCGGGCAGAGCGAUUGCCGGAAAACGGGUAACGACAUCCAGCGAACCGAUUGCCGGCUGACAGCACGUGAAAAAAAAUGUGUGGCCAAGCCUCUCAUCUGCGAGGAGCCAAUUUUGCAUAAAGCCGACGAGUUGAAGACGCACAACACGAAGAAAAACUUCUUCAAAGCGGCACAUCUCCAAAAUGAGCGUGCGUUCAUGACGACCGAUGGUGGCAGAGUGGCUGUCACAGCCCAUAUCAAGCGCAGUGACUUUGCCGCUUGGAAUAUGUUUGCCGACUACUCAGAGAACUACGACCGCUCCUAUAAAGACAAGCACACCGUGCUCCAGCGUUUCCGUAACUUCAAGCGGAACCUUGCAUAUGCGAAGAAUUUGCAGAAACGGGAGCAUGGAACCGCCGUCUACGGUGUAACGAAAUAUUCGGAUAUGACGAGGAAGGAGUUUGCGAAGGUCUACCUUCCAAAAAUCUGGGGCGAGCCGGCGAAGCCGAAUAAGAAGGUCGACAUCGAGGAUUACGGUGUCACGCUCGAAGACCUCCCGGAAUCGAUUGAUUGGCGCGACAAGGGAGCCGUCACUGGGGUCAAGAAUCAGGCUUCGUGCGGUUCCUGCUGGGCCUUCUCUACCACCGGCAACGUCGAGGGACAGUGGUACCUAGCCAAGGGAAAGCUGGUGUCAUUAAGCGAGCAAGAGCUAGUCGACUGCGAUGGACUCGAUCAGGGCUGUAAUGGAGGCCUCCCCAGCAAUGCUUACAAAGAAAUCAUGCGCAUGGGCGGCCUGGAAUCCGAGGACGACUAUCCGUAUAGUGGACGGCAAGAGGGCACCUGUAAAAUCAUCAAAAAGGACCUGCGCGUCUACAUCAACGAUUCGGUUGAGAUUCCUCACGAUGAGGUGCAAAUGCAAGCUUGGCUGGCCCAGCGAGGACCUAUUAGCAUUGGCCUGAACGCCAACACGCUUCAAUUCUACCGCCAUGGAAUUACGCAUCCCUGGAAGAUGUUCUGCGAGCCGUUCAUGCUCAAUCAUGGUAUUUUAAUCGUCGGCUACGGAGAGGAAAAGGGAAAGCCCUACUGGACGAUCAAAAACUCGUGGGGAACCAACUGGGGCGAGCAGGGCUACUUCAGACUGUAUCGUGGAAAGAACGUCUGCGGCGUCCAGGAGCUCCCCACGUCCGCAAUCGUGAAA